AUGCCGCUCACAAACCGCCGCCGCGCGCGGCGCAAGGAAAUUCAACUUCAAGAAACGUCCGAUGCAGAGGCUCCGGACUCGUCGCCCAGCCGGCCAUCCGCAAAGAAGCGCAAGGUUGACCGCCGCGCCUCCCCUCCCCGAAACGUCAAACAUGAGUCCGGCGACGAAGCCGAGGACUCAGCGGGCGAACACGAACCCGCUACCAAUCAAGAUCUCGUCGAUCUAGUGAUUUCAUACCUGAAUACACCUCGCGAGGAAUUGCGCGUCUCGCGCGACCACUCCAACACCAAGACCGAGAAUACGCAGCGCAUCCAGGCGUAUGCUAAGAUCGCCGGCCGCAACUGGACCUAUUACGUCAAAACCCUGCAUGUCAAUAUCGGCCGCGAACCGGACCGCGAACAACGGGCCGUGGAGCAGUCCAGCCCCGUCACAAUUGCGGCUCGUGCGCUGCCAGAUGUUCAUGUUGAUUUGGGCCCGAGCAAAUUCGUGUCGAGACUGCAUGCCGAGAUCUUUUAUGAUGGCGAGGAGACCCCUGCCUGGCAUAUCCGUGUCAACGGCCGGAACGGUGUGCGCCUGAACAAUGUCAUAAUAAAGCGCGGCACCGAUGCGAUCCUCUCAUGUGGCGAUAUCAUUGAGGUGGCCAAUACACAAAUGAUGUUUGUUACACCCGGUGACGAAGCCAAUAUCCAGCCCAGCUUUAUCGAGCGCGCCCAGCGCAUCGCUAGCGGACAGGAGCCCGAUCCGGCUUCGGUUUCCUGGGAUGCUUCGCAGCAUGCCCAUCCUCAGCCAUCGCAGAAUGGCGAGGAUGUACCACCAUCUUCGUCUGGCGGGCCUUCGUUGGCGCCUGCUCCCAAGUUCCUCAAACGCCAGGUGACGCCUCCGCCGCGGUCACCUGAUACCGCUGGCCAGCGCACGGCUAAGCAGUCUCCGCUUUACAACCGAGGCAUGAUGAUGGAGAGUACGGAGGAGAUCGAUUACAGCAAGGAUUCCUCCAAGGACUUGAAGCCGCCGUACAGCUACGCGACGCUGAUUGCCCAGGCUAUUUUCUCAAGUGAGGAGGAGAAGCUCACGUUAAACAGCAUCUACAAUUGGAUCAUGGAUAAAUACGCUUUCUAUCGACACUCCCAAAGCGGCUGGCAAAAUUCGAUCCGCCACAAUCUUUCGCUGAACAAGGCGUUCCAGAAGGUCCCCCGCCGGACCGAUGAGCCGGGCAAGGGUAUGAAGUGGCAGAUCGCAGUAGAAUACCGGGAGGAGUACCGGAAGAAGCAAACACGCAAGGGUGGCACGCAGUCAUCGGCGCCGUCCUCGCCGGCCACAAAAGAGCCACCGUCAUCCGCACGCGGGUCCCGCGUCACCAAACUCGAUACCUCGUUUUCAGCAACAGCGAAAAAGUCACCCCCGGUUUCGUCCCCAGGUUUCAGCUCAUUUCCCGUAGCUCCAGUGGAAGCAUACACCCCAGAGCGUGGUUCUCGUCUCGGUCGAGGCCUUGGCUCCGACCACCCACUGCGCCACAUGAAUCCACGCGACUACGACGAACCCUCGCCGCUCCCAUCGCGCUCGCACAACCACAACUCCAGCAUCUCCACCCAGGUGCAAAACAGCAGCAACAACUUGACCCGCGCGUAUGGCAUGUCCGACAACGUAGCCGGGUCCCCGCCCGUCCUUUCCUCAUCUUACUACAACGAAGAACCUUCCUCAAUGAUCACCCCCGCCCCACAACGCCAACAACCCCGUCUCCCGCCCCCAAGCACAGCGCAGAUUCCAUCCAAGUUCAUGCCCAUGAGCUCGCCCGCGCAGUUCUGGAAGUUCGCGGAUAUCGGGAGUACCCCUGCCCGCCCACCGCCGGACAUGAGUCCCUUGAAGGGCGAGGUCGAGGACCGCAUUAUCGGCGGCUUCCCGAGUAGUUCUCCCCCGCCGCCGAAUCUCGUUAGUCCCAGCAAACCUGGGACGUCGAAUGGGCUUGGCUCCGGUCGGACUUUGCCGCCGCUUCAGUCGGAUUCAGGGGAUAUGGGACCUAAUGGGAAAUCUCAUAGGAAUGAGGAGGAUGAAGAUGAUAAUGGAUCUGGUUUUGAUCUUGCUAGGGGUUUCGAACCUAUUGGCUCAUACCAUCGACAACUAGGCAAUGCUGCCCGUGCGGCUGCUACUUGA